GCAAAGCACCGGGUUUAAACCCGGUGCUUUGGUAAAAACCCAAUAAACACCCAUAAACUCCCAUAAUCACCCAAAAAAAUAGGUUUUUACGUAUUUUUUUGAAAAUAUGUAAGUAAUACCAAUAAAUUAUUUUUAUAAAUUGUAUUGAUCAAUUCUACAAUAUUAAAUAAAACGUUAACUAAUAAUAUUUCAGGAAAUUUUAAAAAUCUAUAUAUAAUAAAAUGAAAGUAAUUAAUUUUCAGUGUUUUCAUGUUGCAGUUGAUCAACAUGUUGGCCUUUUGCUUCCCGUAGAUACUUUAAAAUUUCUUCAUAACACCUCGUUCGCACACAUGGCCGUAUAUAUUUAAAUUCUUGAGCCACUAACAGUCCGAAAUACUCAUUUCUUUUAUCCUCUUCUCCAUAAAUUAAGCAUUUAGAACAGUUUGUUUCUUCUUUCAGUAAAUUUUCUUUUACUUUAUCCUCGUUUUUUUCUUUGUUGCGACGACGCUGGGUAAAUCAUCUGGACACUGGGUCUCACUAUCGCCAAAUAUAUUUGGAGAUCGGCUUCGGCUACGGCUUGGCAGACAUUUUUUUCUUUCUACAAUUUUAAAUUAAAUUUAUUAGAAUAAAUGCUUCGAACACACGCGAUCUAAGUACCUUUUGUGUUUAUUAUACCUUACCUACCUAGGUAUAAAAAGAGUACUUACGUAGAUUUUCUUUUAUUAACUGUUUUAUACGAAGAUCUUGAUCUCUCAAAUUAGCAUCCAUUUUACUUCCAGUGAUUAUCAACUAAAUUAAUAAUCCACAAAGUAUUAAAUAACGUUUUUAUGAAAUAUUUAGCACAAAAACAAUACCCUUUAAAUAUCGAUCGUCAGUAACUGUGGCUGACUUACCUAUAUUCUAGCAAGCAGGACUGCCAGAUGUGAAGGGGAAAUCCCCAAUAAAUUGUUGCAUGUGACUGAUGAUGUGAGCAUGUUCGUUUCAUAAUAAAAAUGUUGCCAGGUAACCAAAAAGUCGUAUGUUUUUGUGCGAAUUACGAUCAUAAUCUUUACGAUCGUACAUUAAAAAAUAGACAAAUAAUAGUAUGAGUACGAUUUAAAUCGUAUAUCUGUCAACCCUGCUAGCAAGACAGCGACAAAAUCACGUUGCAUAACAAUGUAGCCCAAGCUUAUAUCUUAUGAAAUAUACGGAAGAGAUACGGACUUAGAAAAAACAGAAAUGUUGUUCUUUGUGGAAGUCAUUGAUGAAAUUCUAUGUAUUUUAGCCCGCAAACUUUCUUCAAACAAAAACAGCGCCAUCUAGUAUCGAGUUCUGUAAUUAUCUCUUUGUUUAUGGAUUUGAAGUAAGACCGCCACGCAUGCAAUACAUUAUGACUGGGGAUUCCCCUAUUCGUCGACGCUGAAUAUGAGGCGACGACAAUCACUGUCAAACGUGUUCACUAUUACUCUGACUCUGGUAACGUGACUUCCUGGUAACGUGUUAGGUAGGAAAAGCAGUAAAAAAGUGCAUAUUAAGGGAGCAGAUUUGAAAUAAUAUUUAUACUUAACAAGAAAUAAUUAAAGGUUCAAUGGGGAGACCUAAAGAUUUACGCAUAUGGGAGCACUACCGUACUUUACCAAACAAGUCUGUUUCUUGCAAGCUUUGUAAUAAGGUCUACAAAUUCAGUAAUGCUGCCAAAAUGCUUCAACAUCUUAUCACUUGUCCAAAAUCUCCAGAAACAUUAAAAGACUCUAUGAAACUUAUAAAAGAUAGCUCGUCCAAAACCAAAAUGUCUGGACUGUCAGAGAUAGAGACAAAUGAUUCUUUUAUAAGCCCCUCGUCGUCUGCUAACACUACAAUAAAUGCUGAGUUUCAAGACACCGAUGAUCAUAUAAAAACAGAAUUAGCGAGAGCUAUAUUUGUAACAGGGACGCCAUUAUCGAUGGUGCAACAUCCUUUAUGGAUACAAUUUUUCGAAAAAUUGCAACCAAAAUUUAAAAUACCUUCACGUAAAGCUUUAGCGACAAAAUACUUAGAUAAAAUAUAUAGAGAAAUGCGUUUUGAGUUAAAUGAGGAACUAAAUGCUUGUAGUUACUUACACCUUCAGUGCGAUGGCUGGUCUAAUUUAAGAAAUGAAGGAAUAAUAAACUUUCUUAUAUCAAAACCUCAACCUGCAUACGUUAAAAGUUUGAAUACAGAAAGUAAUCCUCACACUAGUGAAUACCUUAGCCAAGAAGUUGAAAAAGUAAUGAAAGUGUAUGGAGCAAAUAAGUUUCUUGUACUUAUUGGCGAUAACGCUAGAAAUAUACAAAAGGCAUUCGAAUUAACAAAACUCAAAUAUCCACAUGUUGUUCCUCUCGGUUGCUGUGCACAUAUCCUUAACUUGUUGUGCCAAGAUAUUGUAAAGAUACAAGAAGUAACUGUGUUUAUUAUGCAAGCCAUAAAUAUAAUAAAAACUGUUAAAAGGAGUCAACGAUUAAGUUCCUUGUUGAUAAAAUCAAGGCAGGGUGAAGAUUCUACACAAACACUAAAAUUGCCUUGUGCUACAAGAUGGGGAAGUCAUGUUACUUCGUUAAAAAGUUUGAAAGCAAAUAAGAUAGCUUUGCAAAUAUUAACAGUUAGAGAAGAUGUGGUAAUUUCAAGAGAUAUUAAAGAUUUAAUUCUAAGUGAUGAUUUCUGGACGAAGACAGGGGAAUGUAUAAGUAUUUUGGAACCAGUCACUGAAAGCAUAUUUUACUUAGAGAGCGACCAGAAUCGUUUGCAUCGCACAUACAUUACAUUUAGAGAUGUACAAGCUAAGAUACGUUUUGCAUUAAAUGAGAUUUCGACAUUGAGCGAAGAAAGCAAACAGCAGAUUCUAACAUCAGUAUCUUCAAGAUGCAAUAUGGCAAUGAGGCCAAUACAUUUUGCAGCAUAUAUUCUAGACCCCAGGACUCUAGGAGUCGAACUUACUCAAGAGGAAGAACUUAAGGGUAUGGAGUUUAUCUACAAUUUAAGCCAACACUUAAGUUUGUCAAAUGUAAUGGCAGAUUUGGCGUGUUAUAAAGCUAAAGAAAACUUUUGGGCCAGAGGAUUUGUAUGGAGCUCAUUAGAUAGCAUUGAGCCCCUAAUAUGGUGGAAAGGUAUUUGUGGUUCCACUGAGUUAAGCAAAGUAGCGAUUCGUAUUCUAUCAGCUCCCUGUACUUCGGCAGCCACUGAGCGUUCCUUUAGUAUCCAAGGCUACAUACAUAAUAACAAAAGAAAUCGACUUACAACUGAAAGAACUGAAAAAAUUUCAUUCAUUUGUUAUAACUGGAAUCUUAAACAUAAAGCUGAAUGCGAGGACAUUCAGUUUAAUGAAGAAAAUACCUUAGAAGCUUUCAUUGAGCAAGUAAAUGAACAUAACAGUUUAGACGAAAUAGAGCCUAUCGAACCUAUACAAUUCAUCGCUUGUAAUAACUCUGAAUCUGACAGUGAUUGACUGUAGUUUUACAUUUUACUUUCAUCUCUUUCUUAAUAAACUCAAAAUCAAAUUAAAAGUUUUUUAUUCUGUAGGCUGCAUAAUAAUAUUGUCUAUGUCCAGUAUAGUGGACGUCUUGCGGCUGAGAUGACGAUGAUGAAGUACAAAAUCAUAAACACCCAAAAAUUUGGGUGUUUAUGGGGUUUAAACCCAAUAAACCCAAAACACCCGGUUUUUACCCACCAGACUUUAAACCCACCCAGGUGGAUUGCCCA